AUGGUCCUGAGACACGGUCCGCAAUGCAUUUGUCAACUGUGCACUUGCGGGUGAGUUUUCUUGAUUACAAAUUUUACUUUUGAUAUAUUUCAGACCAAACAAUAAUUUAAUUUCAGACGCCACCACUGCCCAUACGAUCGGAACGCCAGCAGUCUGCAAUUAGGGAACAGUUCCGAAAGUCCAUUCAAGAGAGAUGUAAGUGAACCCACCCCAUCUCUAUUCUGUAAUUUAGGAUUACACGGCCAUUUCCCCAAAAACAGCGGCCGAAGCUCGGGCCAAACCCAUAAAACCAAAGGGAGAAUUGACAGGACUUGCAUUACAAGUAAGGUCAAAGAAUGGAUAGUCAUCGUUCACCGAGAAUCAUCUAAUAACAAAAAUUUUAGACCAAUGGUUACAAUGCAAUGUCCAGUAGCUACCAUGAGGAAUAUAGUUUUGACGGAAUCAAAGAAUCAGAGAUUCGAGAGAAAGUUCGCAAGCCUGGAGAAUCCGAUAUUUGGAAGGCAAGGAUACCACCAUCAAAAUAAAAAAUAAAAUUUUCAGCAUGAUGGGACAAUUGAAGCCAGGUCGACUACCCAAAGAGAUUAUACUCCAAAGAAAGGCGAUAGAUACGCCGUCAAGAAACCAGUCGACGCCGAAUUUACCGAUAAAACCAACCAUAUGGAAAGAAUGUCAUCAAUGGCCCAAGACUUCACUCCAAUAAAAGCGGAGAGAGUCGCCGUUCAGAAGCCAGGAGAAUCAGAAAUUUGGAAGAAUUCUGGGAAAUUUGAAGGCAAUUCGGUCAACCGGUCAGAUUACAAUGCCAAACAAGGAGAACGAUUUAACGUGAAGAAACCAAAAGACAGCAAUGUGUUGAAAGGAGAAGGAAGAUUUGUUGACGAGACUUUGAACAAAAGUGAAUUUGGACCGAAAGUUGGAGAACGAUUUGACGUGAAACGACCAACUUCCGAUGCUUACUGGAGGCAAGAAGGAUUGGUCAACACAACAAGCGUAACAAAAGCCGAUUAUAAAGAAGCUAAAGGAGAACGAUACGCAGCUCAGAAACCAAAGGACAGUAACAUUCUCAAAUCUAACGAUCCUUUUGCCGCUGACACUCUAAAUCGAAGUGAAUUCGGAGAAAAAGUUGGCGAUAGAUACGAAGCGAAAAGACAUACAGAAGAUGCUUCGUGGCGACGAGAUGGACGAAUCGACGAUAAAUCUACUACAAGGCAAGACUACGUGGCCAAGAAAGGAGAACGAUACGAAAUUCAAUUCCCGAAAGAUUCAGACAUCCUCAAGGGAGAAGGAAAGCUGGAUGACAAAAGUCAAUCUGCUCUUGCCUUUACGGAAAAGAAAGGUGAACGGUAUGAUGUAAAGAGGCCUGAGGUUGAUCCAUUAUGGAAAAAGGAAGGCACAAUGGAUAAUACGACGAUCAACAGAGAUGAGUAUUCGAACAAAAUAGGAGAAAGAUAUGAGGUUGUUCGACCAACAGACUCAAACAUUCUCAAAGGUGACGGUGCCUUUGCCAGUGACACUCUGAAUAAAAGUGAAUAUGGGCCAAAGGUUGGAGACAGAUACGAGGCUGUACGACAUUCAGAGGACCCUUCGUGGAAGACUGAUGGGGAGAUAGAAGGGAAGUCAGUGGCCAAGUCAGACUACAACGAAGUGAAGGGUGAAAGAUAUGAACGGAGGCUCCCACAGCCUUCGAAUAUCUUACAAGGAGAAGGAAAAAUGGAUGACCAAACAUUGAAUGGACUGGAAUACACCGAGAAGAAAGGAGAUCGAUAUGACGUUAAGAAACCAACGGUAUCAGAGAUCUGGGCACGCGAAGGAACGAUGGACGAAAGGAGUGUUAACAGAACUGACUAUCAAUAUGCAAAAGGAGAAAGAUAUAACGUACAACGACCGCAAGACAGUAACAUCCUCAAAGGAGAGGGAGCGUUUGCUGAUGAAACUUUGAAUAGAAGUGAAUACGGCCCUAAAGUUGGUGACCGCUACGAAGCAAUCAGACACGCUGAAGAUCCAUCAUGGAGGGCUGAUGGAAAAGUCGAUGACAUCUCCACUACAAAGCAAGAUUAUACAGGAAAACAGGGCGAGCGGUAUGAAACAAAAAGGCCAAAAGACUCCAGUAUUCUAAAAGGAACUGGCGAAUUCGACGGAGAAACGAUGAAUCAAAGAGAAUAUGGAAACAAAGUUGGAGACAGAUAUGACGCCAAGAAACCAACGGUAGAUGAGAUUUGGAGCCAGAAGGGACAGAUUGAAGGACGGUCGGUGACAAGAGAAGAUUACGGCCGUACCAAAGGCGAACGAUAUGACGUCAUUCGACCUGAAGAUUCUAAUAUUCUUCAUGGCGAAGGGAAAUUCGAAUCUGACACAAUCAAUCGCCAAGACUAUGGAGCGAAGACGGGAGAUCGUUACGAUGUCAAGAAGCCAACCGUAUCCGACGUUUGGGCUCAGCAAGGGAAGAUUGCAGGUUCUAGUGUUACUCGUGAUGACUACCAGCAAACUAAAGGAGACCGAUAUGACGUCGUUAAACCAGCGGAAAGUCAAAUCCUUCAAGGUGAUGGCAAAUUCAUCGAUGAAACGUUGAAUCAAGCUGAAUACGGACCCAAAGUAGGUGAUCGUUACGAAGCAAAAAAACCAAAGUCAUCGGAAAUGUGGCGUCGAGAGGGAACUAUGGACGAUCGAACAGUGAACCGAGACGAUUACAGCAAUGUCAAAGGAGAGAGAUAUGAAAUACAGCGGCCACAGGAUAGUAACAUCUUAAAAGGAGAAGGGCGAUUUGCGGAUGAAACUCAAAAUAAAAGUGAAUAUGGAGAAAAGGUUGGUGACAGAUAUGACCCCAAACAACAGGCUGAAGAUCCGUCAUGGAAGACUGGUGGGAAAGUAGAUGGCAUCUCCAUUACAAUGCAAGACUACACAGGAAGACAAGGUGAACGAUAUGAAAAAAGAAUACCGACGGAUUCUAAUAUCCUUAAGGGUGAAGGAACAAUCUCCGAAGAAACACAGAAUCGAACAGACUACGGGCCAAAGGUUGGAGAUAGAUAUGCAGCUAAAAAUCAAGGGGAGGACCCUUCUUGGCACAGUGAUGGAAAGUUCGAUGAAACCUCAACGGUAACUCACGAUUACACAGGACAGGCUGGAGAGAGACCAGAAGCCAAGAAGUAUGGGGAAGAUUUAUCUUGGCACAAAGAUGGAAAGUUCGACGGAACCUCAACGGUAACUCACGAUUACACAGGACAGGCUGGAGAGAGACCAGAAGCCAAGAAGUAUGGGGAAGAUUUAUCUUGGCACAAAGAUGGAAAGUUCGACGGCACAUCCACAUUUACACAUGACUACACUGGGCAGGCAGGAGAGCGAUAUGAAGCAAGAAGGCCGAAGGAUUCCAACAUCCUCAGAGGUGACGGGUCCUUCACCGAUCAGACUCAAAAUAAAGUGGAAUACGGCCCUAAAGUUGGAGACAGGUAUGAAACCAAAAAGUAUGGGGAAGAUCCAUCAUGGAAACAAGAAGGAAAAUUUGAAGCAACAUCAACUGUGCGAGAAGAUUACCAAGCAAAACAAGGAGAGCGAUACGAAACAAGAAAGCCUAAGGAUUCAAAUCUAUUGAAGGGAGAUGGCGCUUUUAAUGAUGAGACCCACAACAGAACCGAAUAUGGCCCAAAAGUUGGAGAUAGUUAUGAAGCGAGGAAACAUGGAGAAGAUCCUUCUUGGAGGAUGGAUGGCAAGUUCGAUGCUACAUCAACCAUCAGAAGUGACUAUACCGAGAAAGUGGGCAUACGUAACGAACCACGGCGUCCAGCAGAUUCCGACAUUCUGAAAGGAGACGGAUCGUUUGCAGAUGAAACCCAUAACAGAGCGGAAUAUGGCCCGAAGGUUGGCGAUCGAUAUGAAGCCAGAAGACAAUAUGAAGAUCGUUCUUGGAGAACAGAAGAGAGGUUUGAAGGAAAGAGCGUGACAAGAGAAGAUUAUCAAGAGAUUAGAGGCGAAAGAUACGAAGUCCGUAGGCCACAAGAUUCGAACAUUUUACGGGGAGAAGGAGCAUUUGACGGUGAAACAUUAAAUAGGUCUGAAUACGGAGCAGCGGUCGGUGAUCGUUAUGACGUGAAGAAGCCCAGAUCAUCAGAAAUGUGGAAGAAAGAUGGAAAAAUGGAUGGAAAAUCCGUUCAACAAGAUGAUUACGGUAACGUCGUUGGCGAUCGCUACGUUGUGACGAAGCCCAAAGACAGCGAUAUUUUGAAAAAGGAAGGGAAGUUCGAUGGCAAAUCAAUAGCUCAAACAGAGUAUGUUGAGAAGAAAGGAGAACGAUAUGAAACUCGGAAGCCUCGAGAUUCAGAAGUAAUGAAAGGAGAAGGGAGUUUCGCCGAACAUAUCGGGGAGAAGUAUAAACCAGCUGGAGUUACAAAAGGAGAUCGAUUUGAAGUCAAACGGCCCAGAACUUCGGAUAUAUGGAAGGUAAGGAGGGAUAUUCACUACCACCACAACAAUAUUUUAUGAAUUUAACAUGACGUUUUCAGCGAGAAGGGACAAUGGAAGGAGAAUCCUCGACCAAACGUGAUUACAAAGCCCACAAAUCUCCGGAGCGAUCGAUGGCGCAAAAACGUGAGGAAAGCGGAAUAUUAAAAGGCCAAGGAAAAUUCGAAAGUAGUACUACUGCUCAGGAUACAUACAAACCUGCGCAGUCUGUAAGAUUUGAGGUUAAACGACCAACAACAUCUGAUAUGUGGAAAAGGGAAGGCAAGGUGGAAGGAAAAUCAGUUGCACAAUCCGAAUACGUCGAGAAGAAGGGUGAGCGUUAUGAUACGAAGAAACCGAGUGAUUCUAAUGUCCUGAAAACCCGAGGAAAAUUGAAUAGUCAGACAUCGACGAAAUCUGAUUUCAAACCGACAAAAGGAGACAGGUAUGACGCUAAGAGGCCUGGAAGCUCUGAACUGUGGAAGGUAAGCCUGACAAACUCAGGAUAACUAACAUUGAGACAAAAACGUUUGACUUAAUCUAUCUCUUUCAGCGCGAAGGAAAGAUGGAGACAACCACAGUUAACCAUGAAGACUACUCGAAUAAGUCUGGGGAACGAGCUCAACCAAUUCCGAAAAAACGCUCUAAUCUACAACUUGGCUUAGGAAAGGGAAUUGAAGUUGCGAGAUCAACAAGUCAAACCGAUUUCAUUCCACAUCACACUGAAAGAACAAGAGCCAUCAAACACGAAUCCUCGCUUCAUGUCAGCAAAGAAGGCUUGUUUGUAACUCCGGUGAAUAAAUUAUUUGAUUUUAGGAACGUUAGAUGGGCAUUCCGCAUAUCAGGACAGUUACACAGCUCCAACGCUAAGCUCUCGAUCAAAAGCCGUACGUCCAUCAACUGCUCUUAAACUUGAUGGAUCAAGGCAGAUGGAAUCCGGAUAUAAAAAAGUGGGUCUAGUAUAUUUCAACCCCAUUUCAGUUUCUAUUCACAAAUUAAUUUCGACGUUUCAGGAAUUCCAAAAGCCCCCAGAACCCCCUUGCCCCGCCAGUGAACUUAUGGAUACCAUCAAACACAAUCGCGUGAAAUCCGCCCAUUUCAAAAUGAGAACCGUUGAUCCCAAAGGACACAUCUUCUUCGAUCCCAGAACCGGUGAUAGCUCCAGCAGUUCACGUACAAGCACUGCAGCCUCAGAACAUUCGGUUCGGUCAGACAAGACGCUUACCUAG